UGUUUUCCCAGGAUGGCAAAGAUAAACUGGAGUUUCAAUCUUGCUGUCUUAACAAGAGUAGAGGGAGAACAAAGAAUAAAACGAGAAAAUAAAGCUGACUAUACUGAAAGAACAGAAGGAAAGGAUACAUAUACAAAUCAGCCAAAGGAAGAGAUGCAUGGGGCAGAAUCCAAGAAGCCAAACCAGGAGCUCCCAGUUACGCUUCCUCAUGGAGUCAUGGACAGUGUUGCUUUUCUGGCAAUGACAUACGACAGUACACAAUCUAGGCGUAUUCUGGACUGUAAGAAGAUUUGCUCUGAGGAUACAUGCUGUCUGUGAAACAUCUUCUGUUUUACUCUGGGAGGAAUGAUUGUAUUUCUUUAGGAACAGUUUGGUUUUCUGUCUCAAGGAGUUCUUCGUUGAGGUAGAAGCGACUCGGCAUAUUUUAGGUCAGAUUUUUUUCUGAAAAAGAUUUUAUGCCUUUCUUGAAAAAGUCAUAAAAGGAAAAAAAGGAGAACUCAUAGUCACAAACUAAAUGGUUCACUUGCAAACAUUGCCUCAGAUAUUUCCUUAAGGCUCAUAAGAGGAGAUUUUUC